UACAAGCUCACAUGGUUGGUUAACAUAAACAAACUUUGAGAGCAACAUCCACGAGCAAGCUCCAUUGUAGAUGUUGAAAUCAGUGACUCAAUGCAGACACUUAUCUUCAAGAACAACCAUUACAUACAAUUAUCAUCUCAGGAAAAGAAGAAAAUUGCUGAACUCAAUUCACAAAUCCAGAUGGGAACAAACCCUAAAUCAAGAAGCAGCCAUGCGAUACCUAAAACAACAAUCAACAAAAACCUCACCAACCCAUCUUCUCUCUGCUCUCAUAGACUCCUUCAAAAUCUUCAACUGCGACCCAACUCCCUCUGCCUACCACUUCCUCAUCAAAACCCUAACCCAAACCUCUCAGUCCCACCAACUCACCCCACUUCUCAAUCACCUCCAAUACGUCGAAAAUUUUCAGACACCCGAAUACAUUUUCGUCUAUCUGAUCGAAUUUUAUGGCCAUAACAAUAUGAUUCAACAAGCCAUUGAUCUUUUCUUCAGAAUACCCAGUUUCAGGUGUACCCCUUCUGUGGUCUCCCUCAAUUCUUUACUCUCUGUUCUUACAAAGAACAGAGAGGGUCUUCGAAUUGUUCAUCAAAUCUUGUUGAAGAGUCAGCUGAUGAGUAUUCGGAUUGAAGGAUCGAGUUAUUGUAUAUUAAUCAGAGCUCUUUGUAGAAUUAGGAAGGUUGGCUAUGCAAUUAAGUUGUUGAAUUGUAUGAUUAUUGAUGGGUAUAGUAUUGAGGCCGUGAGUAUGUGUUCUUUGACAUUAUCAGCGUUGUGUGAACAAAGAGAUGUAUAUUCUGGUGUUGAGAUCAUGGGUUUCUUGGAAGAAACGAAAAAAUUAGGGUUUUGCCCAAAUGGGGCAGAUUGGUGUAAUGUGGUUAGGUUUUUGGUGAAGAAAGGGAAGGGUAUGGAUGCUUUGGAUGCUUUGAAUCGGAUGAAAACGGAUGGAAUUAAGCCCGAUAUAGUAUGCUAUACUAUGGUUUUGGAUGGGGUUAUUGAGGAAGGGAAAUACACAGAUGUGGAUGAGCUGUUUGAUGAAAUGCUUGUGUUGGGUUUGGUUCCUGAUAUUUAUACUUACAAUGUGUAUAUAAGUGGUUUGUGUAAGCAGAACAAAGUGGAAGAGGGAAUCAAGAUGCUUGAUUUUAUGGAGGAGUUGGGGUGCAAGCCUAAUAUGAUUACUUAUAACAUACUCUUGGAGGGGUUCUGUAAGGUUGGGGAGUUGGCAAAGGCAAAGAAGCUUGUGAGGGAAAUGGAGCUGAAGGGUAUGCAGCAGAAUGCGUGGACGUGUGGGAUUAUGAUUCGUGGGUUGGUUCGGAUUGGUGAAUUUGAUGAAGCCUGUAGUUGGUUGAGGAAGAUGUUAGAGGAGUGUUGCAUUCCACAUUCUUCGACAAUCGAUGAAAUAGUAUGUGGUUUGUGUCAAAGAGGAUUGGUUUGUAAUGCCAUGGAACUGCUGGAAGAAAUGGUUGGUAAGGAUGUUGCUCCUGGGAUUAGAGCAUGGGAAGCAUUAAUUCUUGGAUUUGGAUAUAAUCCCAGUUUUGAGGAGACUGCUUUCAUGGAUUUAAUGAGUCCCAUUGGAACUGAAUCAGUUGAAUUGGUAGAACAUAACUUCGAUCAUAGAUUUCAGGCGAAGUUGUGAAAAUCUUUGAUGAAUAUUGGAUUUCUAAGAGAUUAUACUGAGAACUCUCCCUCUUUUGGGACAGUUAUGGUUUGUUUGUGAACAUUGGAUUGACUAUAACAUCUCCUGCAAGUUGCUGGUGAAGAAUUGAAUCACAAAAUGCUGGAUCAUGCCCAAUAAAAAGCACUGUAGCGGUUGAAGUAAGUUGGGUCUAACACUGUAGUGGAGGAAGUAACUUUAAACCGCGUUUGCAACAUGUGGCCCGAUCUUUUCUCUCUCCUCCGAAACCCUAGAGAAGGCGAUUUGGGAGGCGACGAAGAUUUGGGAGGCGACGAAAAGGAAUCGGGGAUAAUUGACUUUGCACUGAAUCCAGUAACAUACAAGAUUGAUACUGAUCAUUAUCUUUCAAUGCAGUUUCAUUUGAAUUUUCUACUGUAAUUAUCUAGAUAUCUAUGCUUUCAUGCUUUAAUUGUCCUGUGACUAUAUUUUUAUUUGCCUCUCAUAAUUCUUUUUAUUUAUUUAUUUUUUGUUUCAGUGAAAUUCUGUUUCCAGACAUAAUAUCUUUUGAUUUAGGUAAUCUUUGCCAUCCUUAUAUAUUUGAUAUUGUUUCAGCUAAUUGAUUAAUUGAUGAGCUUCUGAUUGUAUGUUUAUCUUGUUUGGAACCAUUAUUGAGUUUGACCUACACUUAUAUAUCUCGUGUGUGUCCAUGAUAGUUUGCCACUAUUGUUUCUGUUGUACUCGUGUGGAAAUCAAACAACCUCUUAAGUUUCUUUUGGAUUUCUUGUCUGGUUGCUGAGAAUUUCACAUCUCCUUAGUAUUCCUCUUUUGUGGUGUCCUGGAUCUGCACUUCUGUACACAAAAUAUAUGUUUCCAUUUUGACUUGCCUAUCAAUUGAUCGAUCGAUCGUUCCAUCUGAUAUUAUCAAAGAAGAGCAAGCAACGUGUAUUGUAAGUAAGGGCGUCCUCUUCUCUCCUCAGAUCUACAGCCCCUGUUCUCCUAGCCUCAGGAGUCUCUUCACUCUUGCCGUUUGACGGAACAAACAAGGUUGUUUUCCCUCUGAGUGUUUGAUAACAAAAAAAUUCAAUCCAACUUCUAUUUUUUAUUUAUUUUUUAUAUAAUUUGUUUUUCUGAUCAUGUCAAGCUGCAUAUAUAUAUAUAUAUAUAUAUAUUGUUGAUUUUGGUUUUUGAUUAUUUGUUAUUGUAAGAGAUGGAUCUUUGACUUUCUAAGUACCUUUAUGAUUUUUUAUUGGAAUUAAUUUGAUUGUUGAUAUAUAGUAGCUUUCUUUGGUUUCAUUUGAUUUCGGAUAAAAUUAUAGCUGUAAUGAAUUUGAUCUCCAUUUUUUAAUUUGAUUGGCGAUGUGUAGUUGCUUUAUUUGGUUUC